AUGCUGAAAAAUUCCCAUCAGUUACAGGUACUUUUUUUAUAUAAAAAGAUAUCUAUCUAUCUAUCUAUCUAUCUAUCUAUCUAUCUAUCUUUCAUUAAUAUUUUCAUUAAUUUCUUUCUCCCUCACUCACCCUAUCUCAGUCUGUUUCCCUAUCUAUCUAUCUAUCUAUCUAUCUAUUUAUCUAUCUAUCUAUCUAUCUAUCUAUUUUCAUUAAUUCCCUCUUUCCUUCUCCUCACUCACCCUAUCUCAGUCUGUUUCCCUAUCUAUCUAUCUAUCUAUCUAUCUAUCUAUCUAUCUAUUCUGUUUCCCUAUCUAUCUAUCUAUCUAUCUAUCUAUCUAUCUAUCUAUCUAUCUAUCUAUCUAUCUAUCUAUGUCUUUUCAUUAAUUCCCUCCUUCCUUCUCCUCACUCUAUCUCUAUCUGUUUCCCUAUUUCAUCUAUCUAUCUAUCUAUCUAUCUAUCUAUCUAUCUAUCUAUCUAUCUAUCUCAAGAAAGCGUUGUUUGGGAAGCUUUAUUCAGAUUAA